AUGCUAUUCGGGGUACUGGUGUUUCUGAUCAGCUGCUUUGCUUGGCAAUUGACGGAAUCCCAGUUGGUUUAUAAGCUCACCAAGAUGGAGUGCCAAGUCAAUCAGACGCGUGUUAGCAACGUCUCAUGCCACGUGAAGGCGAUCAACUGGAAUAUGGCGGUGGUGAACAUGGAUUGCUUCAUGAUUAUGCCGUUACAGAACCCAGUUAUUCGAGCACAGGUUUUUAUGAAGGAUUACAGUAACCAGUACAAACCUUUCCUAGUUGAUGUUUCAAUCAAAAUGUGCGAGGUGAUUGAAAAAAGGAACUUCAUACCUUAUGGCGUCAUUAUAUGGAAGUUGUUUAAGCGUUUCACUAAUGUAAACCACUCCUGUCCUUUUUCGGGCCAGCUUACAGCCCGCAAUGGAUAUCUAGACACCAGUCUUCUCCCGCCGUUUCCCCUAGGAUUCUACCAAGUCAGUUUGAUAGUUGUGGACUUCAAUUCUACAAAUAAGGACUAUGUAGGCACUAUGAAGUUCUACCUACAAGUUAUGGAUCAGAUUAAAAGCAAAAAAAUUCCGAGAGCAUAG